AUGAGGAACCACACCUUGACGGUCGACUUGCUUGAAUUCGGAAGUCAACGUCGAGCGAUAGUGCCGGCGGUGAAAGUCGAUUCGCCGGAGAAGAAGAGCAGCGAAAGGCGUGGGAACAUGCCCCGUAAAGUGGAAUACGGAGUUGGGUAUGAUGACGACGACUAUGGCAUUCAUGAAGACUUUGAUUAUGACUAUGCAGAUGAUGAUUAUUAUGAUUAUGAACGGGAAGAAACUGAGAGAACAUCCAUGACAAAAGCGAAACAAGCGUCCAGCAAUGCUGGGGUCUGGCGCUGCCCAAUUUGUACCUAUGAUAAUGAAGAUAAUCUUUCAGCAUGUGAAAUAUGUGGGGUUUUACGCCAUCCUUUGGUGAAGGUCGAUACUGAAAGCUUUACUCCUGCAGUGGGUGGCAUAUGCAAAGAUUCUGGAGCAUCAGUGAUGGCCAAGUCUCUUUUUGCAUCACUGCCACAACAUAUGGCCAAAAAGUGUAUAAUCUGUGAAGCGCAGAAUGAUAUUACUUCCAGAGAUGACUACCCCAAACUCGGAAAUAUCCGUGCCACUUUUCAAGAACUUAAUAGUGCUUUUAGUUCUCAAAAUCAUCGCAAACUAAAUAUAGCCCCAUUCAAAUUUGAUGCUCCCUCUCCGGAUGAUUUGGUAACUAGUGGAUUGCGAUCAGUGAAAUUGAAAUCCAAAGGUGAUGUUACUAGGGAUAAAGCAAUCAAUAUUGUAAUUGAACCAAAGUCGGGUUCAGAGUCUUCUCCAGCAUCAGCGAUAAGAGAGAGAUACUAUGGAGUUACUGAAAAUGAUUCCGCUUCAUGCAGUGAAAAGAAACCAGAAGUCUUUGGUGGCACUUUGAAUUCAGAGUCUUCAUCUUUCAAGGCCACUGAAAAAGAAAUUACCCAUGACGGUAAAGCGGCAGCAGUCUCUGAGUAUACUCCUGAGGCGUGGAUGAUUCCCAGCAAAGUAGAUGUUGAAUUGAGUCAACUAAAUGUUGCAAUUGUUGGCCAUGUUGAUUCAGGGAAAUCAACACUUUCAGGAAGGUUACUGCAUCUUUUGGGGCAAAUAUCUCGGAAAGAGAUGCACAAGUACGAAAAAGAAGCUAAACAACAAGGAAAAGGAUCAUUUUCUUAUGCGUGGGCAUUGGAUGAAAGUACUGAGGAAAGGGAAAGGGGUGUUACUAUGAAUGUGGGUGUUGCUUUCUUCACUUCUAGAAAAUUUCGCGUUGUGCUGCUCGAUUCACCUGGACACAGGGAUUUUGUUCCUAACAUGAUUUCUGGAGCAUCACAAGCAGAUGCUGCAAUUAUAGUGAUUGAUGCUUCAAUGGGUUCAUUCGAAGUAGGCAUAGACGCUGUUGGAGGGCAAACGAAGGAACAUGCACAGCUGGUUAGAAGCUUCGGAGUUGACCAGAUUAUUGUUGUUGUAAACAAAAUGGAUAUGGUGGAAUACUCUCAACAAAGAUUUGAUGACGUCAAGCAGAAACUAGGAACAUUUCUCCGAUCUUGUGGUUUUAAAAGUUCUUCGAUAUCAUGGAUACCUGUAAGUGCCAUGGAGAACCAAAACUUGAUAGCAAAACCAUCUGAUGCCCGACUCUCCUGGUUUAAUGGACCUUAUCUUUUGGAUGCAAUAGAUUCUCUGCAACCUCCUGAAAGGGAUUAUUCCAAGCCUCUACUGAUGCCUAUAUGUGAUUUGUUAAAGUCACAAUCACAAGGUCAAGUAUCUGUAUGUGGGAAGUUGGAAUGUGGGGCCAUUCGAACGGGAUUCAAGGUAUUGGUUAUGCCUUCAAGAGAAAUAGCUACUGCCCGUUGUUUGGAACGGGAUUCUCGCCCAUGUGACGUGGCAAGAGCUGGUGACAACGUGACAGUAAAUCUGCAAGGUAUUGAGGCCAAUCGUGUGACAGCUGGUGGUGUGAUAUGCCACCCCAAUUACCCGGUUCAAGUUGCAAACCGCUUGGAACUGAAAAUCCUUGUCCUGGAGGCCGUCUCAACCCCAAUAGUGAUUGGUUCUCAGUUUGAAUUUCACAUACACCAUGCAAAGGAGGCUGCGAGGGUCGCUAAAAUGUCGUCUCUGCUUGAUCCGAAGACAGGAAAAACGACAAAAAAGUCCCCAAGAUGUUUAUUGGCCAAGCAGAAUGCAAUUGUUGAGGUUGUUCUGGAUGGCCCAGUUUGUGUGGAAGAGUACAGCAGCUGUAGAAGUCUGGGAAGGGUGUUCCUUAGAUCAUCAGGAAGAACCAUUGCCUUAGGUAUUGUGACCGGAAUAAUCUCCGAAACCUAG